UUUGGUUUGAUUAUCCUACAAACAACAGCGAAAGCCCUGCGUAGGUCUGCGGUGAACUUGGCACUCUGUCCCUCUGAUUUCUCACUUCACUCGCUCUAUUUUGGUGCUGCUGUAAAAUAACACUUCUGCAGGUUCAAAAUCCUGUGCUUUAACAGAGCCAAAGCAGCCUACAGCCCUGCCAAACCACCUUUAAAGCUACCCCUGGAGUUUUCAAGCAUGCUCCUAUCUGCUAUAUGUUUAUUUUGCCUUUCUGCUAGCAGCUUGUGAGAGAGGUCUCUGAAAGAGCAAAAGGAGAGAAGAACCCAAUUCGGUGUUCUUUGGCUUCCUCUCUUUGUGCACAGUCGGGUUGUGCGGUGGAGACAGUGAUUUGUGCUCUUCAUAUGAGUUUUUCCAUGCAUCCCAACCAGAAAGGAACUUGCAGCCUUGUUUUCAGUUUUACUUCUGAAGUUGAUGAUAUUAAUGAUGGGGGUGCUGGCUUCUCAGCUAACAAAGCCUGAAAUCACAUGUACAGGAAGCAUCUGGCUGUUCCCGUGCUGUACGGGGAAUUCUUUUAGAGGAUUAUCUCAGUUUCGUUCUGCUUCAUUCUGGCACAAAGCCCCGAAAGAGUCAUUUGACUACACCAAGUUCUCGGCAGAUACGGAUCGCUCAUCUCUCCCUGCUCCUGGGGCACGAGUGAUGCCCGCCUUUUCUCACCGGGUAAAUAGCCGCUGCGUCCACCUGCUCGUUGCCGUCCGUCUCGGGGGCGUGCGAAUUCACGGGGUUCGACUUUCUCCCCUUCUCAGGACUUCACCCUUGGUAUUGCCGAGAAGAGGAACUGUAAGUCACUUGGAAAAGAUGAAUCAAAAUAUGUUAAACUUCAGGAAACAGAGCUUGGAACGGGGAGGGAAUUUGAAAUGUCUGCUUUAACUAGUCCCAGUUUGGGAGAUGCUUUUGCACAUAUAAAAGAAAGUAGGCAUCUUGCGUCUUCCUUCUGAUUUUGCUGUAUCUUAUUUUAUUUUGCUUUGGCACAGAUGCUCUGCACAGCCUUGGCAGGUACUCGGCCGUCUGUGCUUCCUUUUGUUGAGCCAACAGUAAAUCUAGCCCGGGGAGAACAGCUUAGUGGCCUACAGUGAUCGCCUAGCCAACAGCCUAGGGGAGACAGCCCCUUUCCCCCAACCUGUGUGGCUCCUGGGGUCACUUCCUUUCUUCCCCCAGGGGACAGCUCUUGGUGAAGAAAUAAGCCUCGAAGUCAUAUCAGUGGGGUCAUCCAGAUACCUGCAAAUGAGGUCCCUGAACUUAGCAGCUAAUUAAUGCUUGUGUGCUGCCCUAUAAGUAGGAAUCAUUAGCAAGAUGCUGUCUGGCUCCCAGCAGUUUAUGGGCUGGAUGUGGUGCACCCUGGUGACUGUGCUGUUCUCAGCAGUAUGGAAAUCCUGAAGAUGCAAACUGCUCUCCUUGGCUUAAAUGAACAUCAAAGCACCUCUCUCUGCUGGAAUGUAUAUCCCAGGAUGAUCUAAUCCUUUGCAAACCAACUUUCUGGAAAAAAGCAAAACAAAACUCUUCUUUCUACAGUCUGGUUCCUCUAUUUUCUAUCUUGGUCCUAUGUGGAAAACCUAAAUUUGAAUGUUGAUGUUAUUCAUCUCUAAAUCUUCUGGAACGUGGAAGAGAAAGAAUCAGUUUUCACCGAACCCUCAGUGGGAGAAAUUAGCCACAGUUCACGGGGAGUUGAAAGAGAUUUGGGACCUCUGUUAAAAGGUGAAAGAAAAUCCUCAACUUUGCCUUUUUUAAGCCCACCUGGGGAAAACGAAUCUUCUUCCCUUGAUUUUGGAAUGGAUAUGUCCAGCCUGAGUCCUUGGUGCUAACCGGCCAGCAUUCCCCAAAAGCUCAGCAACGUUUCCUUUUUGCCUUAUUUUGGACUCUACAUUGCAUUUCGGCAGCCGAGACGGCAGAACCUGGAUGAGAAAGAUGAUUGCCGUAAGGAAAAGGAACGUGAAAAUGUUUACGUUCGCCUUCUUGCUCAUCACAAUAACAUCGUUUCUGCUCAACUACAAGCACCAGGUGACCAUGACCACCUGGGACCUUAAGCACAUCAUCAUGCAGUUUUCCGAGCAAUUCAGGAAGGUCAUCAAAUACCCCGGAAGACCAUGCAGCUGUACCACGUGUAUUUCGGAACAAGGACGUUCCCUCUGGUUUGAUCAGAGAUUUAAUCAAACUAUGCAACCUUUCCUGACCUCACGGGAUGCCUUGAUCCCAGAAGAUAGCUACAGGUGGUGGCUGAAAUUGCAAGGAGAGAAAAGUCCCAAGAAUAUCAAUGACACUCUCAAAGAAUUGUUUGAGAUCGUUCCUGGGGAUGGGGAUCCACUGCAAGAACGAGAUAUUUUCACAUGCAGACGAUGCGCCGUUGUGGGAAAUUCCGGGAACCUUCGACAGUCUCAGUAUGGACACGAUAUUGACUCCCAUGACUUUGUGCUCAGAAUGAAUCGUGCCCCCACUGCUGGCUUUGAAUCAGAUGUUGGCAGCAAGACCACUCACCACUUUGUUUACCCUGAGAGCUACAAAGAGUUGGCAGAAAAUGUGAGCAUGAUCGUGAUCCCCUUCAAAACCCUGGACCUGCGCUGGAUUGUCACUGCUCUCACAACGGGCACCAUCAACUUCACGUAUGUUCCAGUUCCAAGGAAAAUCAAAGUCAAAAAAGAUAAGAUUCUGAUUUAUAACCCAGCUUUUAUCAAGUAUGUCUAUGAAAACUGGCUCCAGCAUCAUGGAAGAUACCCCUCCACAGGCCUUUUGUCACUGAUAUUUGCACUCCAUGUAUGCGAUGAGGUGAACGUGUAUGGUUUCGGAGCAGACAGCAGGGGACACUGGCAUCACUACUGGGAAAACAACCCAUCAGCAGGGGCUUUCCGGCAAACAGGUGUCCAUGAUGGGGAUUUUGAGUUCAAUAUAACUUUGACUCUUGCCUCCAUUGAAAAAAUAAAAUUUUUCAAGGGCAGAUGACCCUUGCCACAGGGAGAUGUGGGAGCUGCAAUUUCCAGCAUGCAGCAGAACAGAAUUUAGUGAAGAUGAUCUGGAAACUAGCCAGGUUUAAGUGUCUGAUUCUGCAGUGGAUUUGGCAUGUCUCACUGCUGCAAUGAUCACUGCACGGAGCUCGACUGAAGACCAGGUUCCUGGCUGCACUUGAUUUCCUUCUACAGAUAGCUGGGACCUACCAAUUAGUUCUGGGGAUAAAUGAUAUGCUGAAUCACUGCUUAGGCUCUACAGCUUAAUAUCUGAAUUACUGAUGAAAAAUCUGCCAGUUGCAAUUAAGGGAAACCUGGACACAGGAACUGCUAUUUGUGUGUCCAUUCUUUCCUUCAAUAAGGCAGGAAAUCCUUGAAGAAAACUGAAAAGAACUUCUGGCAUCUGACACCCACUAGGGUAGCUGUGAACAUCAUAGUAAGGAUUACCUCAAAGAAAUGAAUUCACUUCUGCUGUUGAUCUUUUUGAACCAUCUCUUCAGUUUCCUCUAUUACUUCUCAGUUUAUACUGUAUUAAGCAAGAAUGUGAUGACGUUGCCUGGAGUAGUAACUCUGCCAAUGCUUCAGUCUGCAUUGAUAGCAUCUAAAAAUAUGAAUCGAAUCAUUUCUGAUCAUUUAUUAUUUAAUAUUACUUCCUAUACAGCCAUAAUGACAGGAGAAAACAAUACUGAAAACUCCAGCAAAAAAUGGCCUUUUUAGCUACUUGUUUGUUUGUCUUCUUUGGUUAUAUAUAUAUAUUUUUAAUUCUUUUAUGUGUGUAUGUGUGUGUGUGGAAAAUGCUCUGAAAUGCUGAUUUUUAUUUAAUCAAUCCGGUUUAAGGUUGGGAAGUGGACUAUUUUCUUUCAGUCGUUUACAUGUGCCUUUUAUAAUUGUGCAACAGAUGUACUUUUUUUUUUUUAAGAUGACAAACCCUAAAUUAAACCUUUUUAUAGAAGGGGGAAAAAUUAACCAAAGUUUAGCCUCCAUGUGAUAUAUUUUUUAGUCAAAACUAAUAGUAACAGUUCCUAUAUUGUACUUGAAAAAAUGCAAGCAAGGCUAAUUUUUAAAGGUAACUUUUACCUUUUUUAUGGGAAAAUACCCAAAAGUUCCAAUGAAAUUUUUCUUCUUAUUUUUUUACAAAUUUAGAAAGUGAUAUCUCCUUACAAGGUCUCUGUUUGAAAUGGAAGAAGAAAUAUCAUGGGUGGCAAUAUAAGAUAGUCAUAUAAUAGGAAUACUUAGUGCUGCAGCGGCAUCUACAAGGACACACUCUAUGCACGCUGAUUCUACAGUAUAAGCCAGAUUUCCAAAUAAUGUGCAUCUCUGGAGGAAUGAGUAUAUUAAUAUCAGUUCCUGUAGGCAGUGAGAGGAGGGAAGUGACAAUGCAGUUUUUAUAUCCACAGAUUUUUGCUAGAAUCAAUACAUUUGAUCCUCAAGGAUAUGUGAAGUAUGGCUCCAAGAACAAAGUUCAGAUGAUGGACUAUGCGGAACUGUUUCUUAAUGUCAUGAUAAUAGGAUUCAUGAAUUAUUGCCCCAUUGGGAAGCUACCUAUUAACGGCCUCAGCAUCACUAGCCAACAGUUGCUUUACCCACAUGAGUAUUUCUGUGAGCAUAUGAAGAGACAAGAAUGCCAAAUUUCCGUACAAGGAACUGAACUUCCAUGUCGCACGCAUAUAACCCUUCAGUUUAGCAAUAUGGAAAGGGCAGGAUCCUCCAACAUUCAUAUUGAGACCCAUUCAUGAUCCUUAUGUCAAGAAAGCCUUUCAUAGCAUGGUCGUAACAGAACUUAUUCACUUGCAUGUUGCAGGAGGAGAAAAUUCAACAAAUUUAGUAUCUGCUAAAGACCCUUUGUAAAAGAAUGACAAUUUUCUACUUGAAUCAUACUUGUUUGUUUGUUUUAAACAUUGCCAUUAUUGAAAUUGUUGUAAAUCAAUAUGUUUCUGGUGAGAAAAUAGGUUUCAAACAAAGCAGCUAUAUUAAGAGAAAGAUUCCAUGGAAGACUCCAGCAGUAUCGUCACCCUGUGCUGGAUUUUGAAGAUAUUUUUGCAUUAUGAACAAUCCAAACACUUUAAUUUCUUUUCUAAUAGAGGGAUGACAGUAAUUCAGAAACAUUUCAUUGCUAUUUCAUUUUUGGAAAGACUUGGAAGAGUAUGCAUGGUGGCUUGGUACUCAGAUGCUAUUGAUUUUUGCUCACAGGUGGCCAUUUAGAAUCAAAGGAAAAGAUCAAAGAUCAGCUAAAUUUUGGUUAUGUUGUUUUGAAAGCAUCCUUUUGGUGUCCAAAUUAAAUUUCUACUUUUUCUCUGAAUACUCUGCAUCUGACAUUAUAUAUGCAAUAUCUUGGCUUAUACUAUACUGGUCAGGUCUAGCAUCUUCAUUAUGGGACAAACUACAAUUCCCAUAUAAUUUUCUUACUGACAGCAAGCAGUAACUGUGUGCUGCUGAUGCCAUUUUCCCAAAUAUCAGGAGAACAGAAAGUGGAUAAGACUAAUAUGUAGAAUGAGGAAUAGUUUGUGCCAUCACAUUUCUCUUCCAGAGGAACUUUUCCUGGAGUCUUUUAGGUGACUCACUAUUGUCAUGUUAGAUCUUCUUAGAAUUGUGUGUCCACAAUUUUUCUGCUCACUCAAAAGCCUUCAGAAUGAAGAGAUACCAACAGACGAUGCUGGAGGAACAAUUCAUUCCAUUGCCAGAAUUGAAGACUUUCUGCUUUCCUGCUGGGAACCCUGGUUUUAUUUUGUUUAAAAGAAAAACAAAGGAAAACACUUAAUCUGCCAAGGCUUCAAACUCUUGAACUGUAUUUGCCACCACUGAAAAAUCUCUAAGGCACUCCUUGAGUGUGUUGUGUUUUAAGCCAAAGCCAACUCUCUUGAGCACUUUUUUUUUCUGUUGUGACUAGAUUUUCUUCCUAUUUUUCUUUGAAUAUGUUGUUGAUUAUGAUAAUCAUUUCUUUGCUCUGAUUGUGACUCUCACUCAAUCAUUCUUUGACAUUUUAUUUAUUUAAGUUUCCAGUAUGAUAUGAAUCAAAAUAAAUUUUUUAUUAUAAUCAA